GUGAUGUCAAUGAUAAGCAGCAGGGAGCCCCCAAUAUGGUUCAUGGAGGGCAUGUCGACGCUGACGCCGUACAAUGUUGGUUUGGUCCUGCUAGUUAAUCAUUACUUUGCAGAACCGUACAGAACUAAAUUUAAACUCGGGGUUAUUUUAUUGGAAUGUAUUAAGUUCAAGAAUUUGUCCUUAAACCAGCUCAUAGCUCUACUGAAUGAUCUUGAUGACGGUGAACUGGGAGGAGAAUUUCUGGAUUAUCUCGAGCGAGUUUUCAAGAAUGCUUCGAUAGUGGUUCUGAAAAAGCUGCUAGGUAAUCUAGGAUCCACCCACGCACUGAUGAUGAACCCUGAGGAACCUAUCAAACCUAACAGCCCUUUCGGCCUCUUUUUAAGACAUAUGAUAAUUUCCUUCGAGUUGGCAUCUUUUGAGCAGCUCUCCAUGUUUCUUCAGGACUUAAAGACAUAUAUUGAGAAUAAGGACAAAGUCUUUCCUUUAAUCUCAACGAAACAGCAAGAAGCAGUGUUUUGUCGUGAAGUUGCCAAGUUUCAAAGCAGCUUGUCUCUUGAUCGAUCAAAUGCAGAGAUUCAUGAGAUGUGCCGUGUAAUGCCGUGUAGUGGGUCGAAUGAAAAGAGAAUCCAACAGGCUGAGAUUCUUCAGUACUUGAACUAUUUAUCAGUAAAGGAAUACAAUCUUGCUAAGAAACAUCUCCAUCAAUAUUUCACCAUGAUGAUGAACUCCAGAGAUGAAAUCAAAAAUAUACGCCCCUUUUCUGCUCUCAGUCUCGCAGCAAUGCACACCAUGUUCCAACAUAACGAUCUCGCAAUGCAGUACCUCAAGGAAUCAAUACAUCUUGGUCAGUUGUUGGGUGAAGAGUCGUGUCUGUCCCAAUGUAUUGCGUGGACUAGUUACCUACAAGGGGCCCCUAUAACUCGACCAACUUUAUCAAAAGACUCUGACGCCGUCCCCUCUGAGCUGGAGAUAGUCGGACACAUCCACACCUUGGAGUCCAUGUGCAAGAACGGGGAGAAAUCAGAAGAGGUAUUAAAGUACAUGAGUGUGAUAGCACCCAUUACUUCCCGGGCUCAGUACCACACUAAUGCUACUCAGGUCUUCAGGUGGUAUGGAAACAGUCUCCUCAGCGAACUACACCCCUUCUUCAUCGUCCUCCAGCUCUGCCCUGACUGGCUAAAAGAUGGUCACAUGAUCACCCUCUCAAACGACACAACAGCACUCUGUGCGGCACUGUGCAACCUAGCCCUCGCUCUAUCCCAGUCUCCAGCAGCUCCUGUCUCCUGCUCCGAACUUUUGAACUUCGCACUAUCUCUAUUACCCUGUUUGUCAUCACACAGACAACUGCUCUACCUAACUCUGAACAGUAUCCACCUCACCCACAAGCGAGCAGCUCGACAGAAGACUGACAGCGAGGAAGCGCUCAUCAGAUCCAUAUCAGCCAGCACUUACACUGCACUCACAAGCACUGAUGAUACGGUAGAGGGGGAUGGGGAUGUGUAUAUCACACGUGAGGAGCUCAAGGCACGUGUCAUGUACAACUCAGCUAAAGUGGACUUACCCUCAUCACCUAGUCAGGCGGUGCAGAAACUCUUGAAUCUCAUCCUGUACUCCAAGACGUACAAUUUGCAGGAGCACCUGGUUAACGCCCAUCUGUUAUUAACUGAAGCUCAGAUAUUACUGGAACUGUUUGAGCAGGCCCUUCUUACCAUCGAAUCAGUUUUUGUUCUUGCGAUGUCGUCAAAUAGCACCUAUACCCAGUCGACCGCACGGUUCUUGUACGUUCAAGCUAAGUUAGCCACUUGUUCAAAGGAUCGUAGAUAUCAAACAUUUCAGAACUUAGAGAACCAUUUAAAGUUAUCGCUGGACGGUUUUCUGGCGUUGACUCACGCACGCCAUGUCGGCGAGGUGUUCUAUUUUUUAGCCAGGCUAUAUGACGAAUUUGGUCUCAGGGACGAUCGAAACAAAUGUGCUAAAAAAUUCAGAAAUUUUCAUCAGAAUCUGACCGUCCAUGAUCCUUUGUAGGUUUGUGUAAUGAUUGUGAAAUGUUGAAGUAAUUAUGACAUUUUUUAUUUUUACGAUAACGGAUUAUUAUGACAUAUGUAUUGUGUUUUAACAUUAUUUGUACAACAGUUAAAUUUCAAUUAUUUAAAUUACCUUUUUGCAUAUCACACAG